AUGGCUUUUUUGGUGCUCUGGACCAUUGCAUUCAUUGGGCUGAUAGGUUAUCUCACGCGUCGAUAUGUCUUGGCUGCAAAGAAAAGACUCCCUCCCGGGCCGAAACCGCUGCCAGUAGUGGGCAACAUCCGUGAUGUGCCACCACCCGGAGUGCCAGAGUUCCAGUACUGGCUUAAUCACAAAGACCUCUACGGGCCUAUCAGCUCCGUGACAUCUCUUGGCACCACGCUUGUCAUCAUACACGAUAAAGCUGUCGCCCACGACCUGCUGGACAGAAGUUCCAGUAUCACAUCAGGAAGACCGUCUAUGACUUUUGCAAACAAGAUGUGCGGCUACGAGUCCAUCGUCGUAUGUCAAGGGUACACCAGCACCUUCCGACGUUAUCGAAAACUAUUGCAUCAAGAGCUUGGUACGAGGAAACUGGCGGCACAACUUCAAGAUGCCUUUGAGAUCGAGGUAAAUCGGCAACUUGUGAAGAUGCUAGAGGACCCUGACCGAUGGCUCGAACAUUUCAAGACUUCUGCCGGCGCGACGACCUUGAAGUUGACGUACGAUUAUACUAUCAAGCGAGACGAGCCUGACCCAUUAGUUGAACUGGUGGACAGAAUGAUGACGGAAUUCUCCCUUGCAGCCGCUCCCUUCACCUGGGCAGUGGACUUCAUCCCCGCCCUCCAGUAUCUCCCGGAGUGGUUUCCCGGAACAAGCUUCAAAAAGACCGCACGGAAAUGGAAGAGUUCCAUUCAUACAGUUGCAGAUACUCCCUACCGUUCUGUUCAGCGGCAAAUGGAAUCCGGGAAGACCCCAUCAUCCUACGUUUCUCGGCUCAUUGAAUCGUGCAAGCCUGAGGACGGUGGUCCGCUUGAUAUCGAGGACGAAAGGGCCAUCAUGUGGUCGGCUGCCAGCCUUUAUGGUGCUGCUGCAGACACUACAAUCAUUUCUCUCACCGCUUUCAUGCUGGCAAUGGUACUAUUCCCAGAAGUACAGCUUAAAGCACAACGAGAGAUAGACUCUGUAGUCGGGACAAGGAGACUACCCGGGUUCGAAGAUCGUGAAGGGCUUCCCUACAUAGACGCUCUGGUCAAGGAAACUAUAAGAUGGUGGCCCGUUGCCCCAAUGGGCUUCCCACACACGGUCGGCAAGGAGAUCAGUUACAACGGCCUCUGCAUUCCACAGGGAGCAUUGCUUCUCCCUGCAGUAUGGUGGUUCUUGCACGAUCCAGAAGUGUAUCUGGACCCAGGUACAUUUGAUCCUGGCCGAUUCCUCGCUCCACGUAACGAGCCCGAUCCCUCUUCCGAGGCUUUCGGAUACGGUCGGAGGAUAUGCCCGGGACGUUUCCUUGCAGAUUCGAAUCUGUAUCUCAACAUUGUACAGACGUUAGCCAUUUUCAACAUUGAGAAAGCGAUAAACGAGCACGGGACCGAAUUAAAGUACACUGUGGCGCCAAGGCCAGGUAUUCUCAGCUAUCCUACAGACUUCAAGAUCCGGGUCACUCCAAGAAGUGACGAGCAUGUCAAGCUUGUGGAAGCACUCAAGAAGAAGCAAAGUUCUGGAUGA